AAAAAUCAGAGAGAGAGAGAGAGAGCGUGAGCAGCCCAGCAGGGUGCAUAUAGAGACAGCAAACCAAAACCGUUCACGGCUUCCUCCACCGAAGCAAACCGGACACCAUAUUUUCCGUCCUCGGUUUCCUUCUCCGGGUUAUGCGGAGCUGGUGUUCGUGCUUUUUUACUAUUCUUGUUUUUAUAAAUUUUCUCUGCCGUGUUCUUCGAUUGUUUAAUUUUUUUUCCGGUUCACUGUUGUUUCCCCAUUUGAUUUUAUGUAAAUUGAUUGAUUGCACGUGAAGACACAACCCCAACGUGGAAAAUCUCGAACUGGAAUACAGAUGGAAAGGAUCUUUCUAGGAAUAGUUCAGGUUUAUAUUUGAUUGAGAGUGGCAACUCCUUUGGAAAUUUGAAAUGAGUUUUCUCUAGAAAUCUUCUUUAUGAGAAAGUUAAAGCCCGUUGUAUUUACAGGUGUAUAAAUCAUCAAAUCUUUUGAAAAUAUACAACAGUGUCAAAUUCAGUCAUCCAACUAGAAAUACUGCCCAAUUUGGAACACAAAUGGCUCCUGGGGGCAGCACUUGCAAAGAGGUUCUUGAAUCUCACCCAACGGUUGCAGACUAUGAGAUUGGAACAGCAAAAGCAGAGAAUAAUGGUACAACAACUAAAGGCACUCUUGGUGCGGGUGGAAAGCAUGGACUUUAUUCCAACAAUGGUGUGCAUGAGCUCCUGGAGUGUCCUGUCUGCUCAAAUUUGAUGUACCCUCCAAUUCAUCAGUGCCCAAAUGGACACACUUUAUGCUCGAACUGCAAGAUAAGGGUUCACAACUGUUGUCCUACAUGUCGCUAUGAUCUUGGAAAUAUAAGGUGUUUAGCUCUGGAGAAAGUUGCAGAAUCACUAGAACUACCCUGCAAGUACCAGGAUUUGGGAUGUCAUGAUAUUUUUCCAUACUACAGCAAGCUCAAGCAUGAGCAACACUGUCGAUUUCGUCCAUAUAAUUGUCCUUAUGCUGGGUCAGAGUGCUCUGUCACAGGUGACAUACCAUCCCUUGUUGCACAUCUCAAGGAUGAUCACAAGGUUGACAUGCAUGAUGGUUGUACCUUCAAUCAUCGAUAUGUCAAAUCAAAUCCACAUGAAGUUGAAAAUGCCACAUGGAUGCUGACUGUCUUCAAUUGUUUUGGAAGACAGUUCUGCUUGCAUUUUGAGGCAUUUCAGCUGGGUAUGGCACCAGUAUACAUGGCCUUUUUACGUUUUAUGGGUGAUGAUAAUGAAGCAAAGAAAUUUAGCUAUAGCUUAGAAGUUGGGGGCAAUGGCCGCAAGCUAAUAUGGCAGGGAAUUCCCAGGAGCAUCCGUGACAGUCACAGGAAAGUUCGAGAUAGCCAGGACGGACUCAUUAUUCAGCGGAGUUUGGCGCUUUAUUUUUCUGGUGGGGAUAGGCAAGAGCUGAAGUUAAGAGUUACUGGCCGCAUAUGGAAAGAAGAAUGAGAAAUGGAAAGACUGAAUAUUUUGUUAAAUUGUACAGUUCACAAAAAUUAUGAGAUGCAAGGUUUUCUCCAUGUGGCAAAAGGAUGAAGCUUUAGCUAUUCUGUUUGGGUUUUCAAUUCACUUUACAUGGUCUUUUAUGAUUGAGGAAUUAAUUCUACAGUCUAUUAUCAGCACAACUUUCCAUGGAGAAGAUUCCCAACUGUAAGCUCACCAGUCAAUUAUGGAGUAUAGGAAAUGGAAUUUCAGUGUCUAGCAGAUCCAUGCAGCAAAAUGCAUGGGCGCUUUGCACAUUAAGCAUCUUAGUGAACCUGCAGUUAUUUUGUUUUCUUGUGUUUUUUGUAUCAUAUUCCCUGAUUGAGAGGAGAAAAAAUAAAGAUCCAAGUCACUUUUCUUGUACCCAUCUCUACUAAUAUAUCAAUCAUUGACACUUCAUUCA